AUGCUAAUUCUAGAUCCCAUGUCAACACUGAGCCCUCAGCUGCUGGUGGCAGCUGCUCAGCAGACCCUGGGCAUGGGAAAGAGACGAGGCCCGCCUCAAGCUGUCUGCCUUCAUCUAGCUGGAGAGGUGCUUGCAGUUGCUCAGGGAUUGAAACCAGCUCUGCUCUAUGAUUGUAAUGGUGCAGGGACUUCAAAGAUCCGGAGAUAUCUGGAGGAGCUUCAGAAGCUGGGCUUUCUGACCCUGGGACUUCACGUUCUUGAGAUUGGGGAAAACAGCCUGAUUAUGAAUCCUGAGCAUGCGUGUCAGCACUUGGAGAAGGUGCUUCAUGGGACUGUAGUCUUUGUGGAUGUGUCCAGCUCCCAACCUCAUCCUUCUGUCUGCUCCUUGGACCAGCUUUGGGACUUGAAGGGCCACGUGGCUGAGAUUAACAUGCAUUUGAGGGGGCUGCAGAGGAACUCAUCCCUAGUAGUCUCCUGCAGCAGGCUCCAUUCCACAAACUGGAAUUUCUGUACUAUAUUUGGGAUCCUCCUGGGCUAUCCUGCCCCCUAUACCUUUCAUCUGAGUGAAGGAGAUGAUAACUGCUUAGCCCUGACCCCACUGCGGGUGUUCACUGUCCGGGUCUCGUGGCUGCCAGGUCAACCCCCAGUCCUGCUGUAUUCUUUCAGUGUCCCAGAGAGCUUGUUCCCAGCUCUGAAGGACAUUCUGAACACCUGGAAGGAGGACCUCCAAAGCAGAUGUCAGACUCAGAGUGACUUUGCUGACCUCAGUGUCUCCUCUGAUAUAGUCACGCUUCCAGCUGUGGCCCUCUGA